AUGAUUGCUAGCGCAGUCCUCCCAUUGGUGCGCUUCGAGGUGCACUGGAGAAACCUUCUUGCGAGCCAGUCCCGUAUUGUUGUUCCUUGUUUUUGUUGCGUUUCCAUCUACAUCUACAUCUUUAUACUCAGGAUGAGGUUCUUCUCUUUUGCUCUUCUCACCGCGGUGUUCGGGACGGUUAUUGCGGCUCCUGCUGCUUCUUUCAGUACAUUUUCUGAUGUUACUAUUUUCACCCCCGGAGCUAAUUGGACUGAUCCUGGUGUUCUCUAUGCACGAACAGUCGAAUUACCAGGUGGUGUUCUCCUAGCUACAUGGGAAAACUACAGUCCCGAACCUCCUCUUGUUUACUUCCCCAUUUUCAAGAGUACAGAUGGUGGAAAGUCAUGGAAACAUAUCUCGAAUAUUACAGAUCAGGUUAAUGGAUGGGGAUUGAGAUAUCAACCAUUUUUAUAUUCGAUGACAGAGAAAGUCGGAAAAUACCCUGCUGGUACUAUUCUUGCAACUGGAAAUUCCAUUCCAACGGAUUUGAGUAAGACUCAAAUUGAUGUUUAUGCUAGUUUGGAUCAAGGAUAUACUUGGGAAUAUGUAUCGACAGUAGCGAAUGGUGGUGCAGCUACUCCUGAUAAUGGAGUUCCCGCUAUUUGGGAACCUUUCCUUUUUACAUACAAGGGACAGAUCGUUCUCUACUAUUCCGACCAACGUGAUGCACUAUAUGGCCAAAAACUUGUGCACACCGUUUCCUCCGAUCUUCUUACUUGGGGUGACCUUGUAGAUGAUGUCCACUACUCAACCUACACCGCUCGUCCAGGAAUGACCACCAUCACCCAACUCCCCAACGGAAAGUACAUCAUGACUUACGAAUAUGGCGGCGGUCCCACCGUAAACAACACAUCCACCUACCUCUUCCCCGUCUACUACCGAAUUUCCUCCUCCCCACUCACCUUCCUCUCCGCCCUCGGUACCCCGCUCAUCACAAACAAUGGUAUCCAACCUACCGGUUCCCCAUAUGUAACCUGGACUCCCAUCGGUGGUACCAACGGCACCCUCAUCGUAAGUUGUGGCGGCCGCAGCGAAGUAUUCGUAAACAGGGCAUUGGGGGCUGAAAAUGCGUGGAAGACAGUAAAAACGCCAGAAGGCACUAGUUACUCGAGACAUUUGAGAGUGUUGGAGAGUAAUAAGAAUCAUUUGUUGAUUGCGGGUGGUGGAAUCUUGCCGCCUUCUACUACUAAUAAGGUUACGGUUAGUGUGAUGGAUAUUACGAGUGGAUUGGCUGCGGAAUCGGCUCCUUAUCACGUGAUUUCUGAUGUUUGCUACCAUCGUAACACCAUCAAUCCUAAUGGUGAAUCGUGA